AUGCCGCAGGCACUCAGCGCGAAAGAGCAGUCGCUCUUCCGUACAGUUGUGCGGAAUUACGAAGACAAGCAGUACAAGAAAGGCAUCAAAGCUGCCGACCAGAUCCUCAAGAAGAGCCCCCAACAUGGCGACACCCUGGCCAUGAAGGCCCUCAUAAUGAACUCCCAGGGGAAGACGGACGAAGCUUUCGCGCUUGCGAAAGUCGCCCUGACUUGCGACAUGAAGUCGCAUGUGUGCUGGCAUGUCUACGGAUUGCUCUACCGCGCGGUGAAGAACUUCGAGGAAGCGAUCAAGGCAUACAAGUUUGCGCUGAGGCUGGAGCCCGAAUCCGCGCAGAUCCAGCGCGACCUGGCUCUGCUUCAAAUACAGAUGCGGGAUUACGAAGGCUACAUAAUUAGUCGCAAUGCGAUGUUACAGGCACGAUCUGGGCUGAGACAGAGCUGGACUGCUUUGGCUGUGGCGUACCACCUCAAUGGGGAUCUGGCGGAUGCGGAGCGUGUCUUGACGGCUUACGAAGAUACCCUGAAGAAUCCUCCUCUGAAGACGGACUUUGAGAACUCGGAGGCGGUUAUGUACAAGAACUCGCUGAUUGCCGAGCAAGGGAAUAUCCAGCAAGCUUACGACCACCUACAGUCGGCUGGGAAAUACAACCUCGACCGGCUUGCGGUACAAGAGCUCCGAGCAACAUACCUUUCGAAGCUAGGCAAGAAGGAUGAAGCUGCCAAAGCUUACAGAGUGCUCAUCGACCGAAAUUCUGAACACAAGGAGUACUAUGACGCAUUGAUUAAGGUGCUGGGUAUUUCGGACGACGACCACAGGGCGCGGAAAGCCGUGUAUGACGAGUAUGCAGAAAAAUACCCUAGAUGUGAUGCAGCUCGUCGUCUACCCCUUGACUUCCUAGAAGGCGAAGAGUUUACAGCAGCUGCGGAUAGCUAUGUGGUUCGAAUGCUGGACAAGGGAGUACCUUCGACUUUCGCCAAUCUCAAGCACCUGUACUCUAAUCCCUCCAAAAAAGAAACCAUCUCAACCUUGGUCCAAAACUAUAUCGACAGCGACAGAGACGAAACAAAUAUGGAGCCAAAGAGAAACGGCGACACAUCAAAAGGGAAAUCAUCUGCCUUCUACUUCAUGGCCCAGCAUUAUAACUACUACCUGAGUCAAGAUCUGGACAAGGCAAUGGAGUUCAUCGAUAAGGCCAUCCAUUUGGAGCCCAAAAGCGUCGACUUCUUCAUGACCAAGGCCCGGAUAUGGAAGCACCGAGGCAACACCCAAAAGGCAUCCGAAGUCAUGGAGGAGGCCCGUGUCCUGGAUACCAGAGAUCGUCAUAUUAACACCAAAGCUGCAAAAUAUCAGCUCAGAAAUGAUGAGAAUGAGGCUGCGCUCAAGACCUUGGGGAUGUUCACCAGAGCUGAAACUGUAGGAGGGCCACUUGCUGAUCUCCAUGAUAUGCAAUGCAUGUGGUUCAUGACCGAGGACGGAAAAUCGUAUACUCGCCAAGGAAAGCUGGGGCUCGCACUGAAGCGCUUUACAUCCAUCUAUAACAUCUUCGAUGUCUGGCAAGAAGACCAAUUUGAUUUCCAUGCUUUCUCGCUGCGGAAGGGUCAAAUCAGAGCAUAUGUGGAUAUGAUCAGAUGGGAAGAUAAAUUGCGCGAGCACCCAUUCUUCAGCCGAGCUGCACUUUCUGCGGUUGAGAUAUAUCUUAGUAUCUACGAUAAGCCCCUGUUGAAUGGCACCAACGGGGAGAAAGAUUCCAACGGCGAUGAUGUAGCUGAGAAAAAGAGAGCGGCGAAGAAGGCACGCAAAGAUGCUCAAAAGGCAGAGCGAGAAGCUGCUGCCAAGAAGGAGCCUAACAAACCUGUUCGAUCUGAUGAUGGAGAUAUCAAGAAGAAGGAUGAUGACCCAGAGGGCGUCAAGCUUGCUGCUACGACCGAGCCAUUGACCGACGCAAUGAAGUUCUUAACACCUCUCCUGCAAUUCAGCCCGAAGAGUAUCGAUGGCCAGAUAGCUGGGUUUGAGGUGUACAUCCGACGGAAAAAGUACCUCCUUGCCCUUAAGUGUCUGCUCGCAGCCGCAGCUCUCGAUAAAUCCCACUCCAAAGUCCACGAGCAAACCAUCCGGUUUCAACUCGCCAUCACUCAAGACGCCGAGACCCUAUCUCCUACCGCCAAGAAAAUCAUCGAUUCCGAAUUCAACCUCCUCCCAUCUCCCGUCGACCUCGCCUCAUAUAACGACGAUUACCUCUCCCAGAACAAGGACUGUGCACGCCGCUCAUUGUCUGCGCUCAAGACCAGAAAGGUAUUGAAGCCCGAGUCAGCUGCCGCUGUUGGGAAAGAUGUAGCGGACCUUAUCAAGCUGCCGAGUAUCACGUACGAGGAGGCGGUCGAUGUGCUGCAGCUGCUGCAGCUGUGGAAGAGUGGAGAGGUGGAAGAGUUCAAGAAUACUGCUUCAAGCAAGUGGCCCCACGCUACCGUCUUCACCACUUCAACUACGGCACCCAAAAGUUUUGUUCUACCCCUGAGAUAA